AUGGCUCACCAUUCUACUGAAACUCUUUCUAGAAUGUUCACAACAAUUACGCACCAAGAUCUCAACGCUCAGGCGAGAGGCCUUCUCCAACGCAUCUCGGGGCGACGAGAUCCUUUGUAUGGGUUUGGGGGUAUGAGCUGUACUGUUUACGACACAGCAUGGGUCUCCAUGAUCGCGAAAAUAAGCCACGGACUAAAACGAUGGCUCUUCCCCGAAAGCUUCCAUUAUAUCCUAAACGCCCAACUUGAGGACGGGGGUUGGGAGACAACGAUGUCUCAGACCGACGGAGUUCUCAACACUGCAGCCUCGCUUCUCUCUCUCAUUAAACACGCAAGAGAGCCUCUGCAAAUCCGUCAGGUCUUGGACAGUGAGCUACGAGAGAGAAUCGAACGCGCAUCAACUGCUUUGCAGUUACAACUAACGAAGUGGGACGUCUUAGCUUCGUCUAAUGUCGGGUUUGAAAUGAUCAUUCCUACUUUGCUUGAGCUUUUAGAGAAGGAAGGAUAUAUAUUUGAGUUUGGCGAUAAAGCCGAGUUAUUUCGACUUCGUGCAGUAAAGCUCAAACAUUUCUCUCCAGAGUUGCUCUAUGGGACGAGUAAACACUCGCUUAUACACUCCCUUGAAGCAUUCAUUGGCAAGGUUGAUUUUGACCAAGUAGCUCACCACAAGGUCCAUGGCUCGAUGAUGGCAUCUCCUUCCUCGACAGCGGCCUACUUGAUGAAUAUCUCGACUGGGAAUGACGAGGCUGAGGAAUACCUUCGACAUGUCCUCAAUGCGUCCCCAAAUGGAGAUGGGGGUGUCCCCAGCGCCUAUCCAUCCACUUAUUUUGAGUAUACUUGGAUUGUCUCAACCCUCCUUAAAUCUGGAUUCUCGCAUUCGGACCUAGAAUGUCCCGGGUUCAACGAGAUUGCUGAGACAGUAUCUCAAGCUUUCCGAAAUCAGAAUGCAGUAAUUGGAUUUGCGCCUUCUUUGAAUCCAGAUGUCGAUGACACAUCCAAAGGCAUAUUGGCUUUGAGCUUAUUAGACCAUAUGGACUACGAAACCGUUCCUCUAGAUCAGAUGAUCUCUAUGUUUGAGGCAGACACACAUUUCCGCACUUAUCCCAGGGAGAGAGACCCGAGCUAUAGUGCAAAUUGCCAUGUGCUACUAGCUAUACUUCACCAUCCGAACAAAGCCCUAUACGCAAACCAAAUCAGGAAGAUAUCCCAGUUCUUGUGUGAACAGUGGUGGACAACUGACGGUAAAAUCCGUGACAAAUGGAACCAUGCUUGCCUUUACCCGUUCCUCCUCUUAGUAGAAGCUUUUACAGAUCUGCUAGCAUUAGUGGAUGAUGACACGAUGCUGGACCUCCUGGACUCAGAGUUGCAAUCCAGGGUGUCUAUCACUCUAUUUCAAUCCUGCUUGCGAACAAUGCUACUACAGAAGGAGGACGGUUCUUGGGAAGGUUCAGUAGAAAGAACCGCAUAUGGUAUUCUCAUCUUAUGCGCAGCCCGUCGUUUGAUCUUUUUCGAAGACAUCCAGGAAGCGGUCGAUUCUGCUAUCAAGGAAGCCAUUGAUUUCAUGCUCUCAGCAGGCGAAGCAACAGAACUGUCAGAUCAUCCCUGGAUAGAGAAAGUCAGCUAUAGGUCCCCAUUUCUUACGGAGUCGUAUGUGUUGGCAGCGCUGAAAGCGUUCACUACCCCGAUACCCCGACCCAGAAUAGAAUAUAGGAGCUGGGACCCUACUAUACGCAAGCAAAUGCAACCGUGCGUGCACAUUUUCAAGGCGACACCGUUAUUCUCCGACCUGCCGGACUGGAAGAUUCACGCUUCUCUGACAGAAGCCUUGCUUUUCCGGCAGAAACUCGAUCGUCUCCGAUUACAGAUCUUCCCUAGGGAGGAUAUGGAGACAGAUAAAUACUUUGCUCUUAUUCCCUUCACCUGGACGGCUUGCAAUAACCGCUCAUUCACGUUUGCCUCAACAUCACUCCUUUUUAAGAUGAUGAUAAUCUCCUUCCUCAAUUAUCAAGUCGACGAAUAUAUGGAAGGCGUUAUCGCACUCCAACUUGGCGGCUCUGUGGAGAACGCUCGAAAGGAGAUCGGGAAUCUAUUUAUUAGCGACGUCCCCGAUCUUGAGAAACCCAUGGACGGAAGGCUGUCACAGUUCGUCAAGCAUGUCCUGGCGGACGAAGAUGUUGUGAAGGCUAGCUGCUGGGACCGCAAACAUCUCGAACAGCAACUACGCGCAUUCCUUCUUGCACAUGUUGAUCAAAUCGAGGACAAUCUUUCUUUCGGGACCCAGUCAGACAAGGAUAUAUAUAGCUCGGCGUCCCGAACAUUCCACAACUGGGUACACACCACGUCGGCAUGCCAUACGUCAUGUCCUUAUUCCCUCGCCUACCUGUCGUGCUUGAUUUCUGCUUCUCUGUCUCGAGGCGCGGACUGUUUCCCGACCACAUGUCAGAAAUAUCUUGCCGGGGACGCCUGCCAGCACUUGGCGACAAUGUGUAGGAUGUAUAACGACAUUGGAUCGAUUGCGCGAGAUCGGGAGGAAGGGAAUUUGAACUCAGUAGAUUUUCCCGACUUCAGCUCUACGAACAUGACACCUGCGUUGGAAAAGCGCAGCACCAUCGACGACAGGAAGCAUACGUUAUUUGAGUUGGCGGAGUAUGAGCAAACCGCGCUUGAAGAAGCCCUUAGGCGCCUUCGAAAAGAAGCUGAGAUGCCAGGGAUUCCGCCAGCGGUUGCUAGGGCAGAGCAACGUAAAAUGGCCAUCUGGGACAUGUUUGUUGACGUGACAAAUCUUUACGGGCAGAUUUACGUGGUUCGCGACAUGUCAAUUCGAAUCAAGCCAAAGUAG